CAGGCGCAGGCGCAGGCGCAGGCGCAGGCGCAGGCGCGCGGGCGGGAAGAUGGCGGCCGGGUUCAAAACUGUGGAACCUCUGGAGUAUUACAGGAGAUUUUUAAAAGAGAACUGCCGACCUGAUGGAAGAGAACUUGGUGAAUUCAGAACCACAACUGUCAAUGUAGGUUCAAUUGGUACUGCAGAUGGUUCUUCUUUAGUGAAGCUGGGAAAUACUACAGUAAUUUGUGGAAUUAAAGCAGAAUUUGGAGCGCCACCAACAGAUGCUCCUGAUAAAGGAUAUAUUGUUCCUAAUGUGGAUCUAUCACCUCUGUGUUCCUGGAGAUUUCGGUCUGGCCCUCCGGGAGAAGAGGCCCAAGUGGCCAGCCAGUUCAUUGCAGAUGUCAUUGAAAAUUCACAGAUAAUUCAGAAAGAGGACUUAUGCAUUUCUCCAGGAAAGCUAGCUUGGGUUCUAUAUUGUGAUCUCAUUUGCCUCAACCACGAUGGAAACAUUUUGGAUGCCUGUACAUUUGCUUUGUUAGCAGCUUUAAAAAAUGUACAGUUGCCUGAAGUUAAUAUAAAUGAAGAAACUGCUUUAGCAGAAGUUAAUUUAAAGAAGAAAAGUUAUUUGAAUAUUAGAACUCACCCAGUUGCAACUUCAUUUGCUGUGUUUGAUGAUACUCUGCUUAUAGUUGAUCCUACUGAAGAGGAGGAACAUCUGGCCACCGGAACCUUAACAGUAGUAAUGGAUGAGGAAGGCAAGCUAUGCUGUCUUCACAAACCAGGUGGAAGUGGACUGACUGGAGCUAAACUUCAGGACUGUAUGAGCCGAGCAGUUACAAGACAUAAAGAAGUAAAAAAACUGAUGGAUGAAGUAUUUAAGAGUAUGAAACCCAAAUAAACCACCACAUUUUCAAAACAAAUUUGUAAAAACUGUAUUUGUUUACACUGUGCACAAACCUUUUAUACUAAAUAAAUAUCAAACUACAGUCUUCUGAAA